AUGCAUGAGGAGGAUCAUGUGUUGUAUCGCUACUACAUCACGAAUAUCCAGCGACCGGAGCCAAAGCCUAAGUCAGAAUCAGCUUCCAAGGCUCAGAAAGAGAGCGAACAUGCGGACAAAUCCAAAGAGACCAAGGGCUCGGAACUUCAAGUCAACCAGAAUAACUCAGAGGCCUUCUACACAGUGACUCCAAGGAAACACAUCAAUUGA